AUGUCCUCUGUCAUAUUGGACAGUGAAGCGUCGUUCCGGGAAAGAUGCAGUAAAAUAGGCCUCAGCAACGAUCUUCUAGGUAAGUUGAUUGAAGCCGGUUACAACACAUUUGGAAAGCUGGCUUUCGCCGCAUCGUCUACACCGCAAGGUCUGACAGAUGAAGCUGUCGACUCAUGGCUAGCCACUGUAGUCACCCCGGCUCCUGGUUCCUUUCAGGUUUCAGUGAUCCGUAGGUUGCUGUUUGAAUCGCAAUCACUCAAUGUGGCGGACCUCAAGUCUAGGGUCGAAGGGACUCCAGAAGGUUCCGUGCGCCGCCUGCCCCAGGCCGAACGAAAGGAGCGGAUUGAGGCGCAGCAUCGUAGGCUGUCGGGUCUCAUCCUAACUUCUCAUACAACCCCUGCCCAUAGCUGCAUCGACCUUGUGACCGACAUGUACGAGAAUAACACACUCAAGUACAUUCCGAUUAACAGAUGGAUAUCCCGCUUCCAAGAGAUGUCUCUCCAGAAGAAGGAUUCUGCCGUUCAGAUGGACAACGAGGGCAACCUAAAGGUGAUCCAGAAAAAGCCGGAGCCGACGUGCGACACCACAGGCAUGUACCCUCUCCGGCAGGCCUUUCAGAGACGGUCGCUAGCCUUUGAUCUGGGUCACUUGUGUAGCUUUGAAGCUAUGGAAACUUGGAUCAACAAGCUCUUCGAAGCAGUUCAACGCACCGUGCCAAAGGGAUAUGUGGCAGUUAGCUUGGGACAAGUUGUUACGGCAGAUCGCGAGCUUUUUGUUCGGUUGGCCGACAUGCUUGAGGGACAAUUGCAGAAACCCAUAGGUGUUGAAAAACCCAUGGAUGCUGCCUUGCGCGAUCUAUCGGGAAGCCAGGAGAUAAAUCAGUUUCUUCAGCCGCUUGUAGCUCCUCCUCCUGCCCCUCACCCAACGAAGCGCCCUUUCAAGGAGCUUACCACGCCAACCAAAGGUGACGGGAAGGGUAAGACGCCCAACAAGGGCGGUGAAAAGGGCGGAGGCAAGGCAUCCCGUGGGCCUGACCUCGUGGCCACUUCGGAUUCUGCCCCUAGCGAUGCUGAGGUCCUCGCACAGGCCAUUUUGGCCAGAGGGUCAGGGAUUACAAAGCAAGAUGUUGUUCAGAUUUUUGAUUUUUUGCCCAAGGAGAUUCCUUCUAGAGGAGCCUCCUCGCAGCCUCCGAGCAGCUUCAGUUGUGGGGCAUACGCAAAAGGUGGAUUGCAGGGUCUUCGGAGUGAAUGUGCUCUGUUUCCAUUCUGCGUCAAGCUCUUCACUACUUUUGUUCGCGCUUUCAUGCCUGAUCAUUUCUUCACUACAAUCAGUCUGUUUCACAACACCAAAACCGAUUUGCAUGUCGAUUCGAGGAACCAUCCUACCCCCAACGGGGUCAUACCCGUGACACCUUUUCAGGGAGGUGGCAUCUGGAUCGCUGAUGGAUGCGGACCUCACACACGCUCAAUCAAAGGUGACAUAGUAAAAGGCUCAAUCCUUAGCCUCGAGACCCCGGUCACUUUCGAUGCCUUUAAAUACCCUCACGAGACCGAAAGCUGGGUUGGCGAUCGCUUGGUUUGUGUGGCCUUCACUGUCGCGAGCCUUGAGAAAAUUUCAACUGAGUCAGCAAGGACCCUGCUUACUCUCGGGUUUAGGCCCCCGCCUGAUCUAGCCUUUCCCAUUCCUGUGACUGCCCAGGAACAGCCGCCUGUGAAAUCAGACUCGUGGGUUUACGAGCUUUUCGCUGGCAGUGCACGUUUCAGCAAGGCUUGCAAGGAUUUGGGUUUUCGGGUUUUGGGGUUAGACAGUUCUUGCUAUAGAGCAGUCUCUCCUGUAGCCAAGCUUGAUCUGACCUUAGAUUCAGCCCAGGCAAUCUUUUGGGAUCUCAUUAAGGAGUGCCCUCCUUUUCACGUGCAUGCAUCGCCCCCUGCGGGCACGGCUUCUCGCUCUCGUGAGCGUCCCCUGCCAAGGAAUCAUGCCCUUGCCUCUAAGGCCCCUAAACCUUUGCGUUCCGAUGACUUCCCUUUAGGCCUGCCGUCACUGAGUGCCGCGUCUCAGCAGAGCCUUGCAGUGCGCAAGGACAAUGUGCUGUACCGUUUCGUUUACAAGCUUCUACUGCAUUGUUCCGCUUCAGGCAUCAAUGUCAGUGUUGAGAAUCCUCGGAAUUCGCUUUUCUGGAAGGUUCUUCAAUGCUUUGCUGAGGCCGAGGGCUUGCUUUGGCCGCCGGCCGCCUUGGAGUACGUUGAUUUCGACCAGUGUUGUCACGGUUCCGAUCGACCCAAGUCCACUCGCUUCUUGUGCACUCGAGGCUUGUUCCACUCGCUUCGAGCUACUUGUCCAGGCAAUCACGUGCAUCGCCCGUGGGGCUUUGUGUUCCACGAGCGUUCUAUGCAGUUGUCGUCUUCUUUGGUGUCGGCAUACCCCGUUCUGCUCUGCAAACGCAUGGCCUCCUGUCUGGAGAGCGCGGCUUCGUUCCUGGGUCUAUCUUUGCAGGCAUCUCCUGACUUGGCAGCCAGCUCUGUUGCAGUUCUUGGUCGGCAGCACCGCCGAUUCCCUCCCUUGAUUCCUGAGUUUCGCAAGGUCUCUUGGGAACCGCCCUCUUUCCAACCUGACGACUCCUGUCGCAUCCUUCUCUCUCAGAUUGCUUGGGAGGAUGGCGGGAGAGAGAAUGCAGCCGAGGACAGCAAUGCAGCCGACAAUGCAGCUGUGUUUGAAGGACGGGUUACUGGCGACAAGGAGUUAAACCCUCCUGCUAAGCUCCUCAGAGUCGCGAAUAAGGUUUCCAGCAAGGUUCACUCCUCUGGUUUCCCUAACGGUUCCGACCCGCCCCAGGGUUCGGUUAAGGUGGGGUGGUACUUGUCGAUGCAGGAUCACGUGGCAAAGGCCUUGACCUUAAAGCAUCCCGUCGACACUGCCGUAGCCCUUGAUCAGGAUCAGCUUGAUGCCAUCAGCUUCUGCAUGAAAAACACAGAGAAAGAGGUGGUAGAUCAUCGUAAGCUUCAACUUAUGAAGAUAAAGAUCCUUGCCAAAAAGUUUGAGGCCGACGAGGCUCGAUUGCAUUCUUCUUACGACCCUUGGUUCGAAAAGGUUGUUGCGGGAAAGCGUCUUCUUUUGUGGAAGCACCUUCUUGAACAGAACGGUUUCGAUGACAUGCAAGUCUGCGAUUUCAUGAUGUCAGGCGUCCCGAUUGUCGGGCAGUCAGCCUGCCCUCCGCCUUUCAGCAAAAAGAUUGUGCCGGCGACCAUGUCGGAACAGGAUCUCAAAAGCACUGCAUCAUUCCGCCGAAGGGUCUUGACUGGAUCCAGUGGCAUGCAAGCAGCCGACCUUCAGGAUUUGCUGUCAAAGGCUACGAUGGACGAAGUCGAUCUGGGUUUUCUGGAAGGCCCUUACACCGAAAGCGAGCCCCCUCGAUCGUGGCUGGGCAAGUGCCUUGAUUUAUCUAAGGCGUACAAGCAGAUGCCUAUGAAGAAAGAGCAUCGCUCUCUGGCUGUGAUCUACCACAAGGGCCCGGCUGGCGAGGAUCAAUUCUUCAUUGCAAACUCGCUGCUCUUCGGACUCACUGCUUCGGUGUACGGGUUCGUGCGCACGAGCAGAAGCCUUCACAAACUGCUGCUGAAGAUAUUCAAGCUUCCUAGCUCAGUGUACUUUGACGACUUCCCGAUGUUUUCGACAUCACUCGCUUCUAGCGACACUGACGGCAUCAUCAGCGAAUUCUUAGAUCUUCUGGGCUGGAGCCACGCCAAGACAGGCAGCAAAUCACAUCCCUUUGCGGAGGUCUUCUCCGUUUUGGGAAUGCAAAUCGACUUGAGCAACAUGUCGGAGAGAAGCAUCGUCCUGUCGAACAAACCUGGCAGGAUCGAUCGGAUCGUGGAGAAGCGAAAGCCCGCUUCUUGCAUCUGCUUCGGUUGCAGCUUGCAGCUAAAGUACGGAGAGCUACGCAUUGCAUUGACCUUGAUUGAUCAGCCUUUGUGUCCCUUCCCACAGGCUCCAGGGCCACAGCUUGCUGACAUGCAGGCUAUGCAGACGAUGGUGAUGUCGCUUGCUCAGACUGCGCAGCAGACUCUUAUGAUGGUGUCUCAGCAGAGUGCAGCGGCCAACAAGCCACCUCUUGACAAUAGUGGGGGUUUUACUUUAGCCAACAAGGUUCUCAAGUAUCCCGAGCCGUUUGGCACUGAGAAUGCCGAUCAGGAUGCGCUGGGCUGGCUAGCCUGGUCCACCAGUUUCCGUAACUGGGUUACCUUUGCAGAGCCUGCUUAUGAGAGCGAUCUAGCAGAAGUAGAGCAACGCUUGACUGAAGUGCCUCACAUUGCCAAUAUGCCACCCAUUUGUCUUGAAAGGGCUAGGAAGCUGUAUGUGAUUCUAGGCUCUGUCUUGAAAGGGAGGCCUCUUGCAAUACACCGCGGCAUUGAAGAUCGCAACGGGUUUGAAUGCUGGCGGCAGUUAACCUGCCAAUUUAGCCCGAGGACGCGCUCCAGGUCGCUUGCGCUGCUGAGUGCAGUGAUGGGGCUUCCAGCAUUCACGCGUGACCGAACGCUGCGUGAGCAACUCAGCAGCUUCGAGCGGCUGAUCGCCGAGUAUGAGAAGGCCUCUGGCAAUGCACUUCCUGGUGAUGUCAAGCUGUCAGUUGUACUUAGAGCCAUCCCCAAAGCCCUGCAACCCCACGUGCACUUGAGAAUGGACGCUUCUACAACUUAUGAGGACGUAAAGAGCUUGGUCUUGUCAGUCCCAACAAGGGCAGUGCUUCCAUGGAAGUGGACCAAGAAGGCCUCCCCCGAUGCCGAAUGCCACUACUGCCACAAGAAAGGACACUACAAGAGAGAUUGCAGAAAGUACAAAGCUGACCUUGCUGCGGGCAAGGUGCGUGCCAUCACUGAGGAUGAUGCUGCUGCUGGUGGAGAUCAAGGAUCACCGUCGCCCAAGGCAGCCGCCAAAGCAGCUGUGAAGCGCAUCAUGUUUGACAUUCGUGCUAUGCCUGGUGAUCCCGCUUCCUCCUCAAGUGUUAGAGCGAUUCGUUGUGCAGAUUCGCAUGAGCCGUGCCAGUCAGAUCCGUUUGCAGUUUCGCAUGAGCCGUGCCAGUCAGAUCCGUUUGCAGUUUCGGAUGAGCCGUGCCAGUCAGAUCCUUGUGCAGUUUCGGAUGAGCCGCGCCGGUCAGACCUGUCCAUAGGCCGCGUUGAGUCCACUUUGGUCCGAUGUGUGCCCAGUGGCUGUCCUGCAGAGUUUGACAUAUCUAGCAGUGACCAUGAUGGCGAUUGGGAUCUCAGCCCUGUUUCGUCACCCAUGCGUGUAGCUGCAGUCAGCCGUCACAGCUAUGAGCAACAGUUGGAGAUCUGUGUCGACACAGCCGCCGAUGAGUCAUGUCUGCCUCUUGACUUUGAUGAUCUUGGAAUGUGCCUGACCAGCCCGUGUCAUGGAGCGCGGAUCCCUGUGGGUUUCAGCAACAACACUCUUGUGUGCAAGGGCGUCAUACGCUCUAUCCAGGAGCCUCAGCCCUCUGCAGUUCGGGUUAUUAAGGUGCGCUUGACUGGCUUGCUUGACCGCCUUAUCCGCAGCACAGACUUCUUUCAGGAGAUUGCCCCAGGUGUACAUGCCACGAGCCUCACUUCGAAGCACCUUGUCGAUUUGAGCUUGUAUCUGCCUUACGAGGGUCUCGCCUACCGCACCACCUUGAUCAAGAUAGAUGGGGAUUGGGUUCUUUCCGAGCUUUCGUCUUCAAUCGCCGACCUUGGCGAAGACUUGACCACUCAGGUUGCCGAUCAGGAGGUAGAGAUGAUCGUGUUCGGUCAUCGGGAGCCGCUGGCACCCAGCGACCUCGGUUUCGCAACUGAUGUGCCAAUUCUUGAUGCGCCGGCACCUGCACCUCCAGAGUCUUCAGCAGACCCCGUGUUUGAGGAUUUCUUCGGUGAAGCAAUGCAGGAGGCCGAUGUUGAGUUAGGCGGCGGGGCUGAAGUUGAGCUAGCCGGCGGGGCUGCAGCUGAAGCAGCCGGCGGGGGCGAGGCACGCGAUGGUGCCCUUGAUGAUGCAGUGAUGCAAGGGGCACUCGCUGACGAACGCGAAGCCCAGCCAGACAAGAUUGUUGUCGAUGAUGUCGAACUGAGUCUUGACAGCACCCUGUCAGUGCUUCGCCGUGCAUGCCAGAGCCUUGGUGUCGGGAAAUCAGGCUCGAAAGCCGUGGUGUUCCGUAGGCUGUGCAACCAGCUUGACAGGCUUAAGCUGAUUGAGGCUAGUCGCGCCGCUGAGGUUCCGAAUGCACCUGUGCCCAAUGUGCCGGCAGCUCCGAAGGAGCCCACACCAGAGCAGCGACGAGCCCACGAGGCUGUGCACGCCCCAUAUGAAGCCUGGUGCCAGCGCUGCGUGGCCUUUAAAGCAAGGGGUGACAUGCACAAAGCUGCCAAUACUGAUCGCAAAUUUCCUGUGAUAUCCUUCGACUACGGCUUCACUGGCCGAUCGGAGGAGGAUGGCCCUCACAACAAGCUUGCCUUUCUGUGUCUUCACGAUUCUGAGAGUGGCUGGCGAGAGGCCAUCCCGGUGCCAGGCAAGGCAGGCGUGCAUGAUGGGAUCAAUGUCACCAGCUACCUUGCUGCUGAGAUUUGCAGGCUGCUUAGCAUGCUAGGCUACUCCAAAGUUGUGCUUCAAUGCGACCCCGAGCCCACAUGCUUGAAGUUACGCAAUGAGGUGAGGCGCAUGCGGCUACAGCUGGGUUUGCAAACUGAUGUGCAGCAGUCAGCUGAGGAAAGCCACCAAUCCAAUGGAGGUGCCGAGGUUGCCGUGCAAACGCUGCGGCAGCAGUGCAACACUCUGCUCUCGAUGUACGAAGCAGAGACCAAGCUUAAGGUCGCAACGGCCCACGCUCUCCAUUCAUGGUGCCUCCGGCAUUCUUCUUGGAUCCUGAACAGAUUUGUGCUGCGACCCGGAGGGCUUACUCCUUUCGAGAUCAUACAUGGCCGUCCUUACAAAGGGAAAGUGCUACCGUUUGGCGAAACUGUGAUGGGAUUGGUUUCUCCCGGGCCCAAGGGCAAACCGCGGUUCAUCCAGGCCAUCAUGAUCGGAAAGUGCACUCCGAAUGAUGAGUUCAUCUUGUGUUCUGGAGCCGGCAAGCUCAUGUUGGCCCGCACCGUGCGCCGGCUUGCCACUGGCUUCACUCCAGCCUUGCACGACUGUGUCCGUGAUCCUCCUUGGCGCCACCCCGGGUUUGUAGCGGGUUCCUUAGGUAGGUCCCGAGCCCAACGCAAGCCGAAGGUCCUUCCGGCUGGCGGUGACGCAAGGUUGGUAGUUGAGGAUCAGCUUGGUGGGGUUUCCGACUUGCUAGGUGAGCUCGCGCCCUUGCCUGAAGGUCCUGGAGAGAUCCCUGAGGAUGCGCGCGAUUACAGCCCUUCUCAGGAAGCCGCUUCUGAUCCUGAGAGUUCUUCGCAGAUGAGUGAGGAUGACCCCGAUGGUCACCGUUCCGGUGAGGCUGCUGCUCCCGCUUCUGGCGGCACUGGCGCCGCAGAGCUUCCGUUGCAGUCUGGUGCCCCCGUUGCACCGCAGGCUGUUGCUACAGGUGAUUCUUUGGUGCAAAGCAGUGCCGGUUCUGCUGAGCCUAUGCCAGUCGACCCUGCCACUUCGAUUGCAAGGGAACGUCCCAGGCCAGCAGGUGAGGAGGGUGCUCCAGGUCCUGAGCCCAAACGUGCAAGGAUUGCAGCCGCAACUGUGUGCGGUGUGGAGUACCACCAUGCCGACGAGGAUUCCGAUCUUGCAUUCUCCCCAGCGGACAUUGAAAGCAUCAAUGAUCUUGACGGCCUGUGUUCAGAUGAUGAAGAGGAGGAGUGUGAGCAAGGCCUUGCCCCUCCUGAUGAGCUUUAUCGGCCCUUCUCACCACAUGAGCCUGCCCUGAGCCCCGAGGAGCUUGCUGACCUUGAUGCGCUGUGCGACCACCACGAGAUAGCUAGGCUCAAGGCAAUGGGUGUGAUCUACCAGCCUGAGUCAGGCAAUGAGGACUGCAAGUCAUUGACGGUGAAGUUCGUUCGCAGCUGGCGACCGAAAACGCAUCCGGUCACUGAUGCCCCUGUGUGGCUCAGGAGAUCUAGGCUAGUGGCCCGGGAAUUCAGGUUCAGAGAUCCCCUCAGGGAAGGUUUAUACAGCCCUGCAUCCCAAACUGUGCUGCUCAAGCUUCUGCCAGGCUUGUACAUGUCUCGCAAGGGGUAUGCCCUGUUGUCCUGUGAUAUAUCAGACGCCUACUUGACUUGCGAGCAGCCGUGCCCGACCGUGGUGACGCUCCACGGCACUACGUACCGUUUGGCAUUUAUGCUACCGGGGCAGCGGGAUGGUUCAGCGGUCUGGUUUUCCACCUUCACCAAGUAUCUGGUUUCGGAGGGCGGAGUUUCGUUGUGGCCCGGAUGCGAGGCGCUGUUUGCUAUGCGCAACCACUCCGGCGGAGGACUCCUUCACGUAGACGACUUGUUGGGGUCAGGCGAACAUGCUGCGCUGCAGAGACUUGCGCAGAUCAUAGAGUCAAAGUACAAGUGCACUCUUGAGUGGCUUGUUCGCGAAGGCGACAGCUUGCACUUCUUGAAGCGCAAACACACUUUGGCCCGCCAGGAUCUGCUUUGCAUUCAGAAAGCUGACAAACAUAUCAUGAAACUUGUUGAGCUUUUGCAGCUUGAGCGCCACUCCCCGAAGCCCACUCCGUUGCCAUUGCAGACACUUGAUUUGGCCAAGUCAGAGCCUCUCCCAGAGGAUCAGGUGUCGGUUUACAGGUCGUGCAUCGGGAUUCUGAUGUACAUCUCUGCAGACACUGCCGAUAUGCAACAUUCCAUUCGCAUGCUCUCCCAGCACCUUGCCUGCCCAACCGAGGCUUGUAUGAAGGCCCUCAAACACCUGGUUCGAUAUGCUAAAUCAACCAGCGGGUUUUGCCUUGGGCUGGAGCGCACGCAUGCAGGACAUGGCACCAGAGUCCAGUGUGAUACCGGCGCCGACGUGCUGGAGCUGUACACAGACUCCGACUGGGCUUCAGAUCACACCACACGCCGGAGCGUGAGCGCUGGGGCCUUGUACUUGAAUGGGAAUGCGAUUUAUACGGCGAGCCGCACGCAACGAGUCGUAGCUAUGUCAAGCUGCGAGUCGGAGCUCAAUGCCCUUGUGUCUUUUGCAGUCGACUUGAUGUAUGUGAAGGAGGCCCUGCGGUUCAUUGUUGGAGUCACUCCCGAAAGCCAUGCCUUCAGCGACUCCUCCUCAGCUCGUGCUGUUGUGAACAAGCAAGGGCUCUCCAAGCUCAAACACGUCGAGAUCAGAUUGCUGUGGGUUCAACAGGCCCUGAAGGACGGAGCAUUCAAGCUCCACCCGGUCGGGACCCUUGACAACUCUUCGGACUUGAUGACCAAGGUGCUUAAGCGUGAGCGAAUGCUGUACUUGAUGUACCUCUUGAAUGUCAGGGAUGGUGAUGCUCAGUUCAAUCGCGUCGGAGAGGCCCAGGCCGUUGCUCGUGACAACAACCUGUCUUUGAAGCUUGCGGUUAAGGCAGUGAAGGCAUUCAGGGGACCCCCGCAACGGGUGCAUGCGCUCCUGCAAGCGCUGACCUUCAUGUCCUUGAUCGAUGCCAAUCAGGCACGCAUGCUUGACUCCGAGAGCCGUCCGCAUGUGCUUGAAAGCGCCUUGAGCGGUUGCGGAUUCAUCCUUGUGUGCAUCGGAUGCCUCGCGGUGCUAUGCAUGAGCCUGCAGGGAUUCCUCAUAGGUCUAGGGUUUUGGUUUGUGUUGCCAAGUGCCGAGCUGCAGCAACAGAUGCCUUGUGAACCCGACGACGCCACCACACCUGCUUGUGACGACGACGCGCCGACCUUGAGCGAUGACAUUCCUUCAGAUGGUGAGCUUGCGCAAACACCCGAUGUGACCAGAGCAUCCUCUGAUGAGCCGCUGUCAGAGCCAACGCAGAGCAAUGAUGGGGCAGGCGAUGGCAACAGCCACCCUGCUUCACCCACUGCCCAUGAUCCGAUCGAUGAGCCUGAGAACCAUGCCUUGGCAGCAGUGCCGAUUGCAGUUGUUGAUCCUCCUGGAUUCCCUGCUGCUGUCGAUCAGCUGCUUGUGUACCAUGCGCCGAUCUCUGGGAUCACGAUGUGCUUGAUCUGCAUGAACCGAGUUCGCAAUGACUUGCGAUUCCCAAUGCUUCGGAUUACCGAUGAAGCCGACAAUCCACGUUAUCCAAUGCUUUGGACGUCCAUGUUACCAGCCAUUUGGGAAGUCAGACCCACUUGGGCUGAAGAAGCCGAUCUUGCUUUGCGCUAUAGGCGCUUUGUUUCAAGGGUGAAAACAUUCAAGAAGCUUGAAUCCGUGGCUGCUUCGGGUUUCCUCACGAUUCACCAGGCACAGAUUUUGCUGGGCUUGCUCAACUUUUCAUCGGGUUUCUUUGCCGGUCGUGCCCUCAAGCACUCGUGCAAAUGGCUAUCGCCAAAGACAGUCAGCGAGAUGUGCAGGCACACGAUCAAGAUUCUUGUGAGCACACCGCCCCGCUUCAGAAGUUGCGAUUCGACCGGCGAGCCUCCCAUCCUGGUAUGGACUGAUGGAGCUUGGGAGCCUGCCAAAGCCUUCGCCGGGAUCGGUGCAGUGAUUCUCGAUGCGAGCAGCGGCGUAUCCAGAGUCUUUCAAGGGCAAGUUCCCGAGCGCCUUGUGGUUCGCUGGCGCGAGGAGGUCGGGGAGCAAAUCAUCUGUGAGGUGGAGCUUUAUGCCCUCCUGAUGAUCAGGGCCGGCCUUCAGAAUUUUCUUUCAGGAAAGAGAAUCAUUUUCUUCAUUGACAACGAUGCCGCUAGAUCUGUGGUGUUGCGUGGUCAAAGCAGAAGUGACGCGAUGCAUCGCUUGGCCCUGGCUUUGUCUAUGGUCGAUGCCGUCGCCCCUUGCAUUUCUUGGAUAGAGAGGGUGCCAUCCUCAUCGAACAUCGCAGAUUGGCCCUCCAGGGGCGAAGGCUGGAAAGCGCAGAAAGUCGUUCGUGCGACAGAUGUU